UUAACACGAACGCCAUUCUCUCUCUCUCUCUCCCUCCUUGCACUGUUUUCUUCUCAGUCAGUCAAUUUUCGUCCAUCGCCGAAGCCCCUAAUCGGGUUUUUCCUCCGUCCCGGGAUUUCUAGGGUUUUGCCCCGAUUCGUCGGCGCCCCCGGCCAAUCGCUCCCCCGGCGCCGCGCCGAUUCGCCUUCGCCGCCGCCGCCGCCGCCGCUUGUCGGUUCCCAUUGCGGUUUUCCGUUUCGUUCCGUCGAUCGGGGUCGGCAGCCAUGCGCGCGCGCCCGGUCUCGGCGAGAGGAUCGGAUGGCGGAGGAGUGUAGCUCUGAUCUCGAUUGCUUGAUUUGCUGGUUCUCCUGAAAAUUGGAUUGAUAUGGUGCGCGUUUCCAGAUAGUAUUUACUGCUCCCUUUUAAGCAGUAUUGAUGAGGAAAAAGAGGAAGGGAAGUGAAGCCGACGUGUCCACUCAGCUGCUGGAACUGUCGAGAUCUGCCCAUGAUUUGCAGUCGUCAAAUCUGAGGUCUCAUUAUUCGUUGGAAGAUUAUACGAGGCUGAAGAAGAGGUGCAAAGAGGAUGCAGGCGCAGAACCUAUUGCUUCCUGUAAAAGUAGGCUGGCAGGCAUCGCCACAGCUCCGCCUUGUGGCAGCUCGUCCUUGGUUGCUCCUGGGAGAGGUCUAAAGAGGAAGAUAGGAUGUAUAGACGUUGCUACCCGAAUGGGUCGGAAGAAGAAGAUCGAGGAUGAUUACAUUUCAGGUGACACAAUUGGCCAAGGAAAAUUUGGUUCUGUUUGGCUCUGUAGGUCUAGGGACAGUGGUGUGGAAUUUGCCUGUAAGACUUUGAAGAAAGGAGAGGAUACAGUUCACCGGGAAGUGGAGAUAAUGCAGCAUUUAUCGGGCCAUCCCGGGGUUGUGACAUUGCUGGCAGUGUAUGAGGAGCCAGAUGCUUUUCACCUUGUGAUGGAGUUAUGCUCUGGGGGACGUUUGAUUGAUCAGAUGGUGAAGGAAGGUCCCUUUUCAGAGCAGCGGGCUGCAAAUAUAUUGAAGGAAGUUAUGCUUGUCAUCAAAUAUUGUCAUGAAAUGGGUGUUGUUCACAGAGAUAUCAAGCCCGAAAAUAUCCUGCUUACAACCUUAGGAAAGUUAAAGCUUGCAGAUUUUGGACUGGCCAUGAGAUUCUCUUCUGGUCAGAGCUUAAUAGGUUUGGCAGGAAGUCCCGCUUAUGUUGCUCCAGAAGUUCUGAUUGGGAAUUAUUCUGAGAAAGUUGAUAUAUGGAGCGCUGGUGUCCUGCUAUAUGCACUCUUGCUGGGCGUUCUUCCUUUUCAAGGUGACUCACUGGAAGCAGUUUUUGAGGCAAUCAAGAGUGUGAAGCUUGAUUUUCAGUCAGGCAUAUGGCAGUCAGUGUCCAAACCUGCUUGUGAUCUGAUUGCAAGAAUGCUGACAAGAGAUGUUUCAGCUAGGAUAACUGCGGAGGAAGUGUUAAGGCAUCCUUGGAUCUUGUUCUACACAGAGCGCACAUUGAAAUCUUUGUCCUUUAAGUCAAAACAAAAGACCCAAGUGGCAGCUUCCUCUGUGCAAGUAGCUGCUGCGCUUGGCCUCGAGCAAUACGGAAGCAGGAUAUGCUCUGAUUCUGCCAAUGGAGGCUCAAGCCUUCCGUCAUCCCCUAGUCUGAGCUGCAAACCCGAGGAGACUGACGAAUGCGGUUUUGUGGAUGCCCUUUCAGUGGCCAUCUCACAAGUUAGGAUUUCGGAGCCGAAGAGGAGCAGGCUGUGUAGUCCCACAGGCCCAAUAGAACAACAGUGCUCGUCUAACAUGAGGUCUAAUACACUCUGUAAAGCUUUCUGAUCUGCUGACCGACUAAUGACAUCAACAUGGUCAUCUCCAUUGCUUUUAUGUUGGGGAUAAGUUCCGUCUGCGUCUGGCAUAGUCUCCCUGGAGCAAGCGAUGACGAUAACCAGCUGAUUUCGGUGGAAUUGGAAUAGUUGGCUCUGAAUCCUGAAAAUAUGCUAAGUAACUUUUAUUCUUUUAUGCAUUUCAAUAAUGGUCUGAAAAACUAACCAUGUGAACUGAUGGAAUCAUUGUACAGAGAAUGUAAAUAGUUUAUUGAGUA